AUGAGCGGUGAGGACACUGAGAUUGAGCGCAUUUUGGCCGCUUUCAAGCUGGAUCACUACUCCGUGCUGGGGGUCCAGCCAGGGAUUGCUACCGCGGACGUGAACAAGUUGUACCGCAAGAAGUCUUUGCUGAUCCACCCGGACAAGACGACCCAUCCGCGGGCCGUGGAGGCGUUUGAUCUGCUCAAAAAGGCGUCUGGCUCGCUACAGAACGAUAAGGAGCGCAAACAGCUCGACCAGAUCUGGACAGAUGCGCGCAAGGUGUUGAUCAGAGAAAACAAAUGGGCGGAAGACGACGACCGAUUGCGAGGCGACGAGUUUCUGGUCAGCUGGCGUGCAAAAGUGCGCGAGCUGCUGAUCGAGGAGGAGUUUAUACGAAGAGUGGAGCUGAAAAAGCAGCAGAACGAGGAGUUGAAGAAACGCAAGGAAAAAGAGGCCGAAAUCGAGCAACGACAGGAGGAAAAGCGUCUCAAGGACUCGUGGGAGAGCCGACGGGAAGAGCGCGUGUCUAGUUGGCGCAAAUUCACAGACAAGAACGAGAAGAAGAAGAAGAAGCGUAAAGGUGUUUUGGUGUGA